AUGACAACGAAUGCGAUUGAAUCAACAUUGACACCAGAACAGGCGCCAGCACAAACGCAAUCGGAAGCUUACGAAAUACCUGGAACAGACCUGUACAUCUACAAGAAAGCGUAUAACAAAGAUGCGCUACGACAUGGGCGUGGGGUCCGGCAUGCGAUCGAAGGAAAGAUCCAGGAGGACGUGUUUGCGAAAGAUCCGAGCCGACCAAGGGACGUUUCAAUAGAGCUCAGAAUGGUCGGCAAGACUUUCGAUGCAGCCAAACUACAUGUUCUCAUCUUCUGCGCAGCAGACUUGGCAGAAUCCCUCGAGGCGAUUAUAAAGCUACCGGUCGUAUUCGAACUCCGACGCUCGAGCCGCGAAACGGUACCUCAGUUGGACAUAACUGUAGUACCGAGGCCUAUAAGAUUAGCGAGCGACGACUUCACAAUCGAUGCUUGCGGUCAGAGAGCCUUUUUCGCUCGGCACAGAACCUACUGCGGAAGCCCGGUCAUAUUGCGGACAAAUCUAAAGCAGCCUUCGCAGACCCUCGCCCGGAAAGCCACAUUCGGAGGUGUACUCAAAGUCACCUAUGGCAGUGGUGAGACUGGGUUUCAUGGCAUGACGGCUGGUCACGCAGUCAAAGAGUUGCUCCAAGAGUGUACUGCGGUACUACCUGGAAUGCGUACGGAACCGUCUACGAAGCGGAACGGAUUCGAUCCUCUAGAGUGGAUUGCCGAUGAUGACGUGCUCGGUCGCGUCUUGCUUCCCCCAGUAUUCCCGGGUGUUGCUGCCGGUCGAUCGACCUUGACGCAUGACUGGGCCCUCUUCGAUGUGGCUACUCUUUUGCCGAAUAUGGUCACUCGGAUCCAACAUGCGCCAGCCCACGAAUCCGAAGGUCUUCAGGAUCGGCCAAUAUUGAUAGCCGAGAAACCACAUUUCCCAGACGACAUCUCAGCAGCAGUCCAGCUUCUAGGCGCCACGGAAGGUCCUCGCGACGGGGAGCUCUCUAGUCUUCCCGCAAGAUUAUGGCUUUCUCACAACGAGUGUUUUGUGGACGCAUACAUGCUGAAUCUUGCGCAAGGUGAUGGUCAGAACUCACUGUUAAUAUGUCUCAUAGAUUUAUCGCUAACGGCAUUGCAUCAGUACACGAAGGUGACUCAGGUGCAUGGGUUGUUCAUGCGACUGCUCCUCAUCUCUACGGCCACAUCGUCGCUAUAA